CCCGAAGAUUGCUUUGAGACCACCAUUACGCACUCCACUUCAGAGCUGAUUGUCAGCCAUGGAGAAGCUGGAAAUGAAUCACCGAAGUGAAUGGCAUCGUCGUGAUGACUUCGCAAGAGCAUCACCGUGUGGUGACGCUGUGAAGGGCGCCUGUUAACUUCAUGUGCGACUUUGGCAAACAAACCCAGCUUAGCCAUCGCCAUGUCAUCAUGGCAACAACAACCUGAGCAAGAUGAGCGAAUCAACAGAGCCGAUCCAUGAAGGAGUGGACGACUUCAUCUACGAUCCGAUCAGGGUGUCGCUACUCGCAACUAUUGACGAUGAGAACACCGCAUACAAGGACCCCGACAAGACCGAUCGCUAUUCUCUCUUCGAGGCCAAAACAAUUGAUAUCUGGGAAAUCAAUCAACGAGGUCCACAGAUCCUUGACAGAAACUACCCUCUGUCAAGACGACUUCCGGAAGAUCUGUUCGAAGCAUUUCAUCCCUCUGCCCCCCGAGGAAGCCGUCUAGCUCUGCGUCUGCUGUGUACUCGACCAGUGCUUGCUAGCAAUCAAACCGCUCGACUCGACGAUCUUGGUCGUCCAGAUAACAGACAAAUCAAUUAUCUACCUUUCGUUCCUGAAGGGAUCGAAGAUCUCAUACACCAAUGGGACCUAAACCGAGAAUAUGCCUGGAUGAGGUUGAAUUCUCGGGAGGUAGGCAAUUUCCAACGCAAAACAGGAUGGGAUUUCGGUUCGAAUCCGCCACGCGCAACCAGGAUGGGCAUAGUCAUCCAUUUCCCCUUCGUCCUCCGUCCGGCACGACGCGUCAAGUGGGAGGCCCAAACCAAAAAGAACCCAGCAUCCCGUCGUACUCUUCGAUCCAAGUUCAAUCCUCAUAGAGAUGAUCCAUUCAUAUGGUCAUUCGCGAUGUCCCAUUCCCUGAGAGACGGCAAAACACGAGGUAUCGUGGACGGCUUGACCGACUUUGCAUUUGGCGAUCUCUCGCGCCGUCUUCUGAAAGGAAGAUCAGAGUGGUAUCCUCACCCUUUGCAUGUGCCUGUCGUUCUCUUGAACAUCUUCUUCGACCAUGCGGCCUGGGAGGUCAACCUGCUAUGCGUCAAGGUCGGCCGCUUCGAAUACCUGUCUCGUGAUGCUGAGAUCGGCUCGCUCCAGGACUUUGACACCAUCACCACGCAACUACAAUAUACUCGACGGUCACUAGAUUUUCAACAAUCUCUCACCAAAUUUUUGCUGGAGACCAUGAAGUUCCUCGAGACCAAGGUAUUUGCGCGAGAGCCCUCUGGCCGUGAUGACGGUAUCUCGGAGUCAUACAGAACAUAUGUCUACCAUACCAGUCCACAUAUGGAAGAGAAAUUGAAGAACAUACUGCACCUGAUUGAGAACAACCUCUCGACGUGCCAGUACUUACAAUCACGGACUCGAGAUGCGCUUGAUUUUAUCAAGGGCAAGAUCUCCCUUCGAGACAACGAGUCGAACCGCGAAGACGCCGAUAGCAACAGCACCAUGUCAUUCUUGCAAAUGACGUUUCUGCCUGCCACAUUCGUCGCGGCCAUUGUGUCGACCAAUUUCUUUGAGCUGUCGAACAAUCCACCCACCGUGUCAAAAUACUUUUGGAUCUUUUGGGUCGUGGCGAUCGGGCUGACAGUGCUUACACUGGGCAUCUACUUCCUGUGGAAGCGGCAGAAGAAGAUCGGGGCGGAACGCCAGGAGCGAGAAGCUGAACGGCGUAAGAAGGAGAUUGGAUGGGAAGAGGGCGAUUCCAGUAGCAGUAGUGAUACUGAUGGUGGUGAUGGACGAAGAAGACGGCGAAGGAGGAGGAGAACAAAGAUUUCUGCAGAUGAUGCUGAACUUGGCAAUGGCAAUGGCAAUGGAAAAAAGAAAAAGGAGAAGCCGGAAUUGGUACAAUGACGAUGCAGUAGCGAGUGAAUGGUGUCAAGACCUGUGGUCGAUUUGUGUUGUCACCGGGAGCCCUUGCUGACAGCGCUACUCGGCAGCCACGAUGUACCUGGACACCAUCGGCCUUGCAAGGAAUACUACCUACAAAGACCAUGACUUACGAGGCGAAGCUGACAUCGACCCUGUUGCGUCUGUCAUUGGAUUGGGGCGAUAUCCGGUCGCUAGUGCUGACGCAACAAUUACC